ACGUCAAGGACUUUUUUUCCCCCUUUCUCUCAUGCUCCGCCAAGAAGGCGGCACGCAAAUGAACAUGGGAGCGAGCGCGGCCGGGACCGGAGACCCGAACUGACCAAGGGGAUGUCCCGCACACAAACACCGUGCCGGGUGUCUGAACUGCGGGGAGUAGCCUGGGAGGGCGAGUGAUCUGUUUUCAGGGCGGAUGACCUGGUUUCGGCGAGGGCUCCCUGGUCAGUGUGUGGUACGCCUUUCUACAGGGCCCAGACAAAAUAACAGCAUUUUCUAUGAAAUUCGCACAUAUGAUAUUAAGCCAGCAAAGAUGAAGGAGUUUUUGGAAAUGGUCAACAAGUACUUCCACUUUCGCACUGCUCACUCGGAGCUGGUGGGAUUCUGGUACUCGGAGCUGGGAGCGAUGAACAAGGUGUUCCACAUUUGGAAGUACGAUAAUUUUGCCCACAGAACAGCAGUCCGGCAUGCACUAGCAAAUGACAAAGACUGGCAGGGAAAAUUCAUCUCUGCAGCUCUCCCCUUGGUAGAGAAGCAGCACAAUGAGGUCGCUUAUCUGGUGCCCUGGUGUCAGCUCGGGAAGCCUUCAAAGGAAGGGGGUGUAUAUGAAUGGGUUACUUUCCAGAUGAAGCCUGGUGGGCCAGCAUUGUGGGGUGAAGCAUUUCGAGCUGCAAUCAAUGCUCACAUCAACACAGGAUAUACCAAGCUGAUUGGUGUUUUCCACACAGAAUAUGGAUUACUUAACACAGUCCAUGUGUUGUGGUGGAAUGAGAGCCCAGAUCACCGGGCAGCAGGAAGACACAGUGCCCAUGAAGAUGCCAGAGUUGUAGCAGCUGUGCGCGACAGUGUCAGAUUCUUGGAGUCCCAGCAAAAUGUGCUUCUGAUUCCUCUGCAAUGCUCACCACUGAAGUAAUCUUCUUUUAAAGGAUGUAAUGGAUGGCAGAAGAGACAAGCUGGAAGUGCUGUCAGCAAGUGACAUGGACCCCCAUACCCUCAUGAGCUGAGCUGUUUUUCAGUUGACAAAAAAUGGAUGCAAAGUGCUGAUCCACUAGCAGUAUAAAUCAGCACUCUGAUACCAAUUGUUAAAUACAAGUUUAUGGUGAUGUUCCUACAUCUCCAGGACAAAGAACUUGAGCCAUAUCAUGACACAAACUAUGCUUCAGCAACCUUCUGUUUUAAUCCCUAAGCUCUUCAUAAUUUUUUGCAUAGCUAGAUCACUUACUGAACUUAGAAAGUUAAGUGCUCUUGUCCAACAUUCCAGCCAGGGAUGGUAUCAUUUUUAUAACAUACUUUGAUGCCUCUUAUAAUUAUAAUGUCUUAGCUAUUCCAUACAGUUUUAAGAAGGAAAGCUCCCACAUUUAUGUUUUAAUCAGACUUCUCACUGGCAUGCUUUGUAUUAAUUCUGAGCAACAUCAGUGUUGCUGGAAUUGCACUUAAAUGCAACAGUGGGGCUGAUUAGGUAGUGUAUCCUAAUGAGUUCUGCCAUUAGACUUUUUACAUAAUAACUUGUUAUGGCUCAUUUCAGCCUUUUCCUUUUUUGUUCAUUAAACACUGCCUUAAAACUGUCAGUUAUCCACACAAGCUUUGGCUUGGGUAUUUUAAUAUUUGUUUAAGGUGCUAAAGGUGAUUAGGCCUUCUUGUCCAAUUGUGCCAUCAGAAUCGAUUUACAUGUGCUGUCAUUCUUUGUAAUACGUUUUGUCAGACUGUUGAAAGCUAAAUAAAUGAGCAUAAAGCAUUAA